AUGGAACCUCUCACGACCCCUAACCCGGAGAAAUAUUCAAAGGCGGUGGGUUUAUCUUUUAAGGCUUCGAAUGCCAAUGGGAAGAUUUGGAUUUUUGUGGAGGAAGGGGCUGAUUUUGAGGUUAAGAACGAUUCGGAUCAGGUGCUCCAUGGGCGGUUCAUGUGCCCUCGUCUUCCAUGCCCCAUCUUGGUCUCGGCCAUGUAUGCAAAGUGUUCUAGAGGGGAACGGAUUCCUCUUUGGGACAAAAUGAGAGAAAUAUCAACUACCGCUGAGGGGAUGCCUUGGUCCAUUGGAGUGGAUUUCAAUACCAUUCUUUCCAUUCGAGACAGGUCGGGUAGCGACACCAAUCGGCAAGCAGAGAUGAUCGACUUCUCCGAGGCCAUUGAAGACUGCCGGUUGCUCGAUCCAGGAUGUGAUGGCUCGGACUACACGUGGGCAAAGAAUGGCCUUUUUGAGAGGCUAGAUAGGGUCCUUCUAAGCGAAUCAUGGACCCGGAUAUUUGAGAGUGCGAGGGUCACGAAUCUUCCACGGGUUGCCUCGGACCAUGGCCCAGUGUUGGUGAGACCAACGGAGGCGGAGGGACUCCUUAACCUCCAAAUCAAACUCGCCCGCGUCAAGAAAGCCCUUAAGAGUUGGAAUAAAGAGGUUUUUGGCAAUAUUCACUCAAACAUCCGAGACAUGGAUGGGAGGAUUGUGAGUGCCCAAGCUGAUUUUGAGGAGAGGCCUACACCUGAGAAUAGAACGGAAAUCAACAAAAGCAUUGCCGAGUACAUUUGCCUCCUAAGAAUGGAGGAAGACUUUUGGCGCCAAAAGGCAACGCUUCGAUGGCUUGCGGAGGGGGACAAGAACACGAGAUUCUAUCAAAGUUGGGUCAAGUAA